AUGAGUGUGACAUUGCAGUCCUUCUCGCUCUUAAACCCUAACCCUAGCAGCUGUGGAUUGAAGAAGUCACCUUCUUCGUCUUCUUCUCUGCGGUUCGGACAAUUGAUUGCAGCUCGCGGUCAUGGAGCCUCGCCUAUUGCCCUCCCGAAAGGGCUUUCCGGCGCUUCUCUCUCCCUGCACCGGCGGAGCUUGUGGACUCGGCCGAUUGUCGCCGCCGCUGCUUCUCAGGAGGAAUCUCAACAUUCAGACAUUGAGGUGGAGAAUGAAAAGAACAAUGCUAAAUCGGAAUCUGAAGAAUCAGAAGAAGCUUGGAAACACACUCUGGCUUCUUUCAAAGAACAAGCCUUGAAGAUGCAAAGCAUCUCGCAGGAAGCAUAUGAGCAAUACUCAAAGAAAGCAUUGGUUAUUAUGAAAGAAACUUCGGAGCUGUUAAAAAUACAGGCUGAUAAGGCAAGGGAUGACUUGAGUGAGAUAGCAAAAGAAAUCAGUGAAGAAGGUAAAGAAUAUAUCUCCAAAGCUGCAAAGAAUUCCCCUGAGCCAGUGAAGGAAAUUGUUGAAACAUAUAAUUCAUCAGCUGAUGAUCUCCGUGAUGUUUCACAAGUCCGCGACUUUCAUGUUGGGAUACCUUAUGGUCUUUUGCUUUCUGUUGGUGGAUUCCUGUCCUUCAUGGUAACGGGAAGCACUUCUGCUAUUAGGUUUGGGGUUAUACUUGGUGGCACUCUUUUGUUUCUAAGCAUUUCAAGUUUAAGAUCAGGAGGAGAAUCAUCUCCUUUGGUCUUGAAAGGGCAGACAGCCGUAUCCAGUGUAAUUUUUCUGAGGGAGCUACGCUUUCUGGCUCAGAGAUCAUCGUUUCCGAAUAUCUUAACAACCCUUGUCAGCGGCGCUGUUGUAGCUUUCUACUUCUAUAGGAUUGUACAGAAUCGCAAACAUCAAAGGGGUUCCAACUUUGAGAAGGAGACGUAGAGUUAAAGAGUGCAAGGUGAGUUUCCAGAUUGUUUCUUGCAUGAGCAGAGCCAAGUAAGCGUCUCCACGCGUGCCAGGCUAGUGGUGUUUGUGGGAAAGCAGUCGCGAUGAGAGAACAUUUGUGCGUUUGAUGCCGUUGGGAAUGAGGCAACAGAACUUAUGUGUUUCUUUUUUUACUCUAUAUUUUCAUCAUCUAGUGGGCAAUCAAAUAGAUUUUUACUGUGUAAUAAUAUAUGGUGUUCUUGCCCCUCUUUUCGGCAUUCAUACUUUUCGAUAAGCAAAUUCGGUAAUGCUUAACGUAAUGGCUGUAGCCGUCCGUACAAUGUACUCUUGAUUCCGCACUAUUAUUCGAUAAUGCUUGCGCUUGAACCAAA